AUGCUUCAUGGUACCCGUUCUCUGGAUUCUGUUGAGGAUACAGGCGGUCAAAGAAUGUAUAAAAUGCCAGAAGGCGCAGCCAAGGACCUAAGCUUGGACUCUGCAACUCCUGUGGAGCAAUCAACGAUGGACGUGUUCAGUGAAAACCGACUAGUCCGACCUAAGCGAUUCAUCAUCAAUCCAUGGGUACUCCGGCGAAAGGACCGUAAGCCACGCAGCCCAACAAAUAGUGAGGCCGACCUUGAUGCAAAGAACUUUUGGAAUUACGGUACUUCAGAAGAUGAAAGUGAUUUCAUUGACUCAAAGUUUCUACUGCCUUCUAAGACUCAAAAUGAUCCAGAUGCAUCGAUGAGCCUGAUCGACCGUGAAAAACGGCCUUUUCAUAAUCCUUUCGGUCGGUACCAUUUCGUCGGUUACAAGCGUCCCUAUCAUCAGCCAUUCGACUCGUUUGUCGGUAGUCAAAGGCAGGAAAACUGA